AAAAUGGUCUCAAAUAUAACACAAAGUGUUUUUAUAAACCAAUUCAUUGAGGACUCAAUCCUUGGUUCGCGUGCUUUUGGGACAGUAUAUAAAGUAAAGCAUAGAUUGGAUGAUAAGAUAUAUGCUGUUAAAAGAGUACAAUUUGAAGAUUUAACUGACGAGAAAAUAAACCGAGCUAUUAAUGAAGUGAAAAUAAUGUCAAAACUGGACUCAAAAUGUGUAGUAAAGUACUAUAACUCGUGGAGAGAAAGCAUUCAUUUAUACAUUCAUAUGGAGUGCUGUCAACAAAAUCUGCGAACAGUUUUCACAGACAAACGGCUGGUGUUUAACAGACAAUCACCGGCGGAACCGAUGUCUUCGCACGAGUACUACAUAUUAUGCGAAAUAUUUCGUGAACUUUUGAAAUCACUGCAAUAUCUGCAUGAAUUAAAGUCGCCUAUAAUUCAUCGUGAUCUAAAACCGGAAAAUAUAUUAGUUUUAUGCACCAAUAACCAUGGUGUGUUUUUAAAACUUGGUGACUUUGAUCUGGCCACUAACCAAGAUCGUACAGCUCUAACCCAGGGCGCGGGUACUCGUAAAUACAUGGCCACUGAAGUAGGCUUUUCUCAGUCUUAUGACUGUAAAGCAGAUAUUUAUAGUCUGGGACUUAUUGGCUAUGAGUUAUUUGAAAUAUACAGCGGUAAUCCACAGGAAAAAUACAAAUCCAAAGCAAUUUGCGUAAAAUACCGUAAAUUGUGUGAAACCCUGACAUCAAUGGUAAACGGAAUGGCUAUUCAACGACCGACCAGUACUGAUAUAUUGAAAGAUUAUAACCAGUGGUCAAUCGACAUAUAUUGUUCGUACGGCUCGUCAUUUGCCGUCACAUCCGAUGGACAUGUGUUCAGUUGGGGCGACAAUAGAAGCCAUGAAUUGGGACACAAUAUAGACGAUGAGAAAUAUUACGACUCGUGGACUGAAGGCCCGCAACUGUAUAUUCAGAUGGAGUACUGCACACAAAGUCUUCGGACUGUAAUACAGGACAAACCGCGAGUAUUUGAAAGACAAUCAAUAGAUGACUACGGGUUUUGGGAAAGCGAUACCAAACCUAUGGAUAUAAUUGAAUAUUUUAUUUGUUGUGAAGUAUUUCGGGAACUCUUGCAAUGCGUUCAAUAUCUGCAUGAAUUACAGCCACCAAUCAUUCAUCGGGAUAUAAAACCUGAUAACUUUUUGAUUUCAUAUAAAAACAACAAUAGGUCUAUAAAACUAUGUGACUUUCAAUUGGCCACUGAACACAAUACGGAAUCCCAGAGCCAUACAUAUGAUGUCGGUUCGUGGAAAUAUAUGGCACCAGAAAUACGUCGUGGUAGAGUAUAUAACACUAAAUCAGACAUUUAUAGCUUGGGUAUUAUUGGACUGGAUUUGUUUCAAAUAGAUAUGUAA